ACAUCUUUGCAAACAAGCCAGACUGGUUUACUAUGUGCUGGAGCUGUAGAUGUACAUAAAGAGUUAACAAACAGGAGUAAACGGACUCAGUUAUAUCAAGUAUGCACCCAGGGAUGUUUAAACGACUGUUGAUGCAUCAGAGAGCUACAGUAGAUCCACCGGUGUCUCUACUUCUCUCUAAAGUGGAUGGUUUUAAGAUUUUAACGGCUUAGAUUGAAACGUUGCUGUGUGUUGCAAUGUGGCUGACACUCUGAGGAAGUGUCUGACUGGGUUUCGGACUGAGUUAGUGUCUUCCUCUUCAGAAUGCUAAAUCAGAAGGAAAACCUGACGAGACAGCGAGGAUGUGAAGGAGCUCUGGAUUUACAUAAGUCAAGCUGCAAGGAUUUCUCUUCUGAUGGGAUGACUCUUCUUUUCUAAUGCUGUGACAUGUUUGAUUCUCGGUGCAGCAGGAUCAUAACUGUGUGUCCUUUUGCUGGAGCGGGCUGCCAGUUUGUCUUCUCGCUCUGUUCUGUGUCAGAUGACCCCACUACCCUCCCCCACCUUUUUUUUUCCUUUCUCCAGAGUCUUGUGCUGGGUGUGGGGUGACUCGUGAACCUGCUCUGCCAUUGGCUUGUCAUCCUCCCAGGCCAAGUAUGGAGUGUGGAGGUGGUACUGGGUGGGGUCGUAGGAGUACCUUUUACCUCUAAUGACUGUCAGCCCGGCUCUGAAGGCACUCGUACGCUGCCUCCGGGUCUGAAAUACCAGGUUCAUGUUUCAGCUUCGACUCCGUUUAUCUGAAGAAAAUGUGAAUAAAAACCCAAAAGGUGAAUCAAAUAUCAUCACAUUUGUCCAUUAGACGGGUUUUCAAGUUCUCAAAUAACAGAAUCUGUGCUCAUUUCCUUGAGCAUCGUUUUAGCCGGGGACAUGUCCCCACCAGUAUGAAUAGUUGACAAUCCUCCCCUGACCUUUAGGGUGCUUUCACCCCCAAUAAGGCAGAAACAUGCCUUUGUAAGUGUAAUACGUGGAUCACUGACACCCCACCUAAUGUCAUUUGUGAAAUUAUGAUUAUGAUGACCGCUAAGGAUGUCACCGAGGAAGUCUGCCUUACACUGUCGAAGAAGAACAUCCUGCCCACCAAACCGAUAGAGCGCUGUGAUUGGACCGGUACCAGACUGUCCGCGGCAGCCGAGGUUCCAAAGGAGUAGGCCGUGUCAUCACUUUACGUCCGCAACAUGGCAGUCUAGGUUCUUGGCUAAUAGUUGACCUUUUCUGUUAGAAAGUUCUUCAGGUGAGAAGUGAAUGUCCUGAACCCAUAGAGUCACCUCGACCUGGGUGGCUACACCUUCACCUGCUCUUUAUUACGUAGAAAUAGAUUCUUUUAUUUCUAAAUCUCUACAAACUGACAUUCACACUUUUUUCUGCAAUAAGAAACAUUAACUUAUUACCACGGCUUUUAUUCGUCAAAGAUAAAAAAAUACGGUAAAGAUAGAAGCCCGAUUAACGAAAAAGAAGCAGUCACUUCUGGAUUAAGAAGUUUCAGUUCCUCCCCAGACUUGAUUGCGUGUUGUUCAGGUGAGACUGACAGAUCAGAGGAGAAUAUAAAGUCAGUAUAUCCCAGGUCAAUAAAAAACAAGUCGCCUCGGCUGUCUGGACGCUCAGCAGCAUGAGAAUCGCACACGCGGUGUUCAGAUAAGCGAUAAGAUGUUGUUUGUGAACUCUUAAAUAAACAUCUGCUUAGAACAUCAUUGAUCUUGUUUCAAAGCAACCGGUGAUUCGAACGUGGCUGCUCUGAUAACAAGUAAAGAGAUCAUUCAUUUGAUUUAUGCAUGUCACUGUGACUAGAGACGUGUAGCACAGCGUCUCGCGCGUUUGUUUCUGUUUGAGAAGGGGCGUGUCUGCUAUUCAUAGUUGUGAGAACUUCAGAGGUCUAUUAGAGGUCAGCGUGAGUCCUACUGCCGCACCGUCAGCCCUAAAGCAUAUCUGCACCUCUCCCGUUUGGAGACCGGCUCGACCCCUCCAAGUCUUCAGUUUCACGCUCUAAAACUUGCUGAACAGCCAUGCAGGCUCAGGAAGUCCUGAGGCAUCUGCGAAUUCCCGAGCUGGAAGAUUUACGACAGUAUGUUCGAGGAUUCCCAACAAACACCCUGAUGGGAAUGGGCGCUUUUGCUGCCAUCACCACAUACUGGUUUGCCACCCGACCGAAAGCCCUCAAACCACCAUGUGAUCUUGGUCUUCAGUCUUUGGAAAUACCAGGCGGAGAACUUGCUAGAAGAUCAGUUCUGAACAACGGCGACAGUGAGUUCUUGACCCAUUAUUAUGAUGACGCACGCACGAUGUACCAGAUGUUCCAGCGAGGUCUCCGAGUGUCAAAUAACGGACCUUGUCUCGGGUCGAGGAAACCAAACCAGCCUUACGAGUGGUUGACCUAUGGAGAGGUGGUGGACAGAGCAGAGAACAUUGGAUCAGCACUCCUUCACAAAGGACACCACCACACAGGCGACAAAUUUGUUGGCAUCUUUUCACAAAACAGACCAGAGUGGUCCAUUGCAGAGCUAGCCUGUUACACGUACUCCUUAAUGGUCGUCCCUCUAUACGACACGCUGGGCACCGAGGCCAUCGGCUACAUUAUUGACAGAGCCUCCAUAUCAACAGUGAUCUGCGACGUUCCUGAAAAAGCUCGAAUGAUUCUGGACUGCAUCAGUGGAAGAGGGAAAACGGUGAAGACCAUCGUCCUCAUGGAGGCUGUUGACCGUGACCUGGUGACCCGAGGAAAGGAGUGCGGCGUUGAGAUUCUGAGUUUAAAGGAGUUUGAGGCCACAGGUAAAGCCAAUCAUCAGGGGCCAGUGCCUCCCAAACCAGAGGAUCUCGCAAUUAUCUGCUUCACAUCUGGAACCACAGGAAACCCCAAAGGUGCAAUGCUGACUCACGGAAACAUUAUCUCCAACACUGCAGCGUUCCUUCAAGUGACGGCGGGUAUGUUGAAUCCCGGCAGGAAAGAUGUUCUCAUCUCCUUCCUCCCGCUGGCCCACAUGUUUGAGAGGGUGGUGGAGGGUGUCAUCCUCAUCCAUGGAGCACGUAUAGGCUACUUCCAAGGAGACAUUCGACUCCUGAUGGAUGAUCUGAAAACGCUGCAGCCGACAGUCUUCCCCGUUGUCCCUCGGCUCCUCAACCGCAUGUUCGACAAGGUUUUUAGUCAGGCCAACACGCCUCUGAAAAGAUGGCUGCUGGAUUUUGCUUUCAGGAGGAAGGAGGCCGAGCUUAAAAACGGAGUGAUGAGAAAGGACAGCAUGUGGGACAAGCUCAUCUUUAAGAAAGUGCAGGUGAGUCUGGGUGGUCGGGUAAGGCUCAUGAUAACCGGAGCGGCCCCCGUGUCUCCCACCAUCCUGACGUUCCUACGAGCUGCUCUGGGAUGUCAGUUCUAUGAAGGUUACGGUCAGACUGAAUGUACAGCUGGGUGCACCAUGUCGAUGCCUGGAGACUGGUCAGCAGGUCACGUUGGGCCUCCUUUGCCUUGUAAUAUCAUCAAACUGGUGGAUGUGGCAGAGAUGAAUUACCUGGCGGCCAAUGGAGAGGGAGAGGUGUGUGUGAAAGGAGCAAACGUAUUCCAGGGGUAUCUGAACGAUGAGGAGAAAACUGCAGAGGCGAUCGACCAGGACGGAUGGUUGCACACUGGAGACAUUGGCAGAUGGCUUCCUAACGGCACUCUGAAGAUUAUUGACAGAAAAAAACACAUUUUCAAACUUGCUCAAGGAGAGUACAUCGCCCCGGAGAAAAUAGAGACGGUUUAUAACCGCAGCGAUCCAGUGGCCCAGAUAUUUGUUCACGGCGAUAGCUUACAGGCGUGCCUGGUAGGGAUCGUCGUUCCCGAUCCAGACUUUUUACCUAUGUGGGCCAAGAGAAAAGGACUUGAAGGAUCCUACUCUGAACUCUGCAAAAACAAGGAUGUAAAAGGAGCGAUUCUGGAAGACAUCCUGGCUUUGGGAAAGGAAGCAGGACUCAAGUCUUUUGAACAGGUGAGAGAUAUCGUGCUGCAUCCAGAGAUGUUUUCAGUCCAAAACGGUCUGCUGACCCCGACCCUGAAGGCCAAGAGGAACGAACUCAGGAGCCGCUUCAGAGAUCAGAUCAACGAACUUUAUGCUAGGAUUAAGAUGUGAGCUGGAAUCCUUGAGUUCUGCAGGCACAAACAACCAAGUGACUUCUCUGCCUUCUGACAGUUUUAGUGGGAAUUAUUUCAGUUUUAAAGUAUGUAUUUUCCUCACUUGAAUGAAUAAUUAAUGUUCGUUGAUUGGUACAUUUUCAUCUAAGCUUGUCUGGUUAAAAAUCAGGGAGCCACUGAAGCCGAGGAUUUGUGGUCGGUAAAUUCAAGCUCCUAUUUUUGUUUUAGAGACUAACUUAAACCAUUUAUACAGAAAAGGACGUACCACUUUGAUACUUAAUAACACGAUCACUACGCCUGUAAAUAGUUCCGCUCUGGGAACGUCUGUUAUUGUUCUGAGACUGGUCGUAACCUCCUGCAUUCCCGUGUGUCUCAGUGUUGAAGGAAAAAGGGACUAUGUUGUUUAAAGCAGAGUUUAGUUCAUCUGUUUGAGUUUUGUUUGGUGCGUGUAAAAUAAGGAUAGUAGCUGUACUGUCACGUACACUCAGAAACUUCUUUUCAGCACCCUUCAGGGUCAAAAACAACCUCAGGUAGACAGCGAUACUAGAUAAUAGUAUCUCAUUUAAAAUAUUUCAACCGAAGGGAUUGUGAUGCAUUUGUCUUCUCCAGAUGGGAUAAACAACACAACCGAGCUUUGUUUUUAGUCGCAGUCAGAACUAAAUUAUUGUUUUUUUAAAGUAACAUUUCAAGUUUGACCUGAAAAAUAUUCCUCUAGAUCUUUUCUUUUUCUCCAAAUAUUAAAUGGAACAAUAGAGAUGAGACUCUGCAGCCCCGUGGAGAAGGUUGCUGAUUCGUGCUUUUUAAAAAUAAAUAAGCAUUUCUAAUAAAACGGCCUCCAGUUUCUAAUCAAACACGCGGCUGGAUGAAAGCAGUUUAAAAGCUCGACACGUCUAAGAACACGACCCGCAGCUCGGCAGCAAACCUGAACACCUGCGUGCGUCAAAAAGCUAACGUCAUUACUAAUGUUUUGGUAGUAAACCAGAAACGUGAAACUCAUCAUUUCAUUGGGUUUGUUGAUCGUUACAAGUUUCCCGUUAACUAAACGAUUCAAAUGAGAUUUUGAAUCGUUUCCUGGUGGUUCCAACAGGGCAGGUGUUGUUUUCUACAGCGAUCUCCGUUCCGCUGGUAGAAAUGAGCACCCCUCGGGAUUAUUUUCAUGUUUGUGAAUAUUUCACAAGUGUUUCGGGAGUUAACGACACCGAUGUUAUUUAGCAGAAAACGUUCUGAAUUUACUCACAUCCUUCUGUUCUGCACAUCUAAUCCCAUCAAAGCCAGGAUGUAAAAAUAUUAUCUGUUUUAUUCUAAUUGUAUAAAAAGGGCAGAUGAGAAGCGUAGGAUUAACUAAAUAAAUAUUUGUGUAAAAUUGUCAGAUUAAGUUUUGUAUUUUGGCUCGUUUAUGGUUUAUAAUCCGGUCAUUUAGCUGUGGGGACAGGCUGAAGUGUUUGACUGCGUCCAGUCGUCACCGGUUAGCUGUGGUUACUUUUCUGAGCAUUUUAUUAAAUGUUUUGUUCUUCUGGAACCUUAAAAGGACAAGUUGCAACUUUUUCAUAUUUUAAAUCAUUUUCUUGGGCCACUAUGUGCUAAAAUGACCCUUUAAAUGAAGGCUACUCAGCCCCCAUCACCCCUGAAUAUUGAACUUGCAACAUCAGUUGCCUGCAGGUUUUAGAUCAUGAACACAGCUGAUUUGUUUAAUUUAGUAAUGAAUCACUCCUGUAGACACUUGGGAACCCUGGGAGUCGUUUCUGCUGUUAGAUUAAGCUUAAAAAGACGAACGCGCAGCAAGGAGAUAGUUUUGCUUCUACAAACGGACACUAGGGGGUGCUAAAAGCAAGCAAAACUGCUUAGUAUCCCUUUAAAUAAGCUUUACCAAUGGUUCCUACUGGGAAUCACAGUCUUCCACACACGUGAGCAGAAGCUGGUCUGAGAUCUCUCCGCUGUUUUGCUCAAACUCAUUCAGACUCUCUAAAUACUCGUGGUCAUCCCCCCACACAUCAGCUGUCUCCUCUUGUGGAUUCUUCCUGCUUUUCUGGUUCUGGCCGAGUUCAAAGUUGCCCACGUCGUCCAUUACGUACGCCUGGUCCUCCUCAUCCUGUCAGACAACAGUUAAAAGUGUAAAAAAAGUGCUUUUUAAUGAAUGGUGUCAGAAUGUCCUGUUUUAUUCCAUGAGGGUGAAAAUUCCAACCAACCAGAGUUAGGAUGUAGCUGACGCAUAUCUCCUGUGGGAGGGGAUAACCUGUAACAGUAACGGUGUUAUUUAUGUUACCAUGAACUAUCGAAAAGUGACUCAUUUAGGAUCGCAACAUACUCGAGGACCUGAAGUUCCUGCAGUUUGGAUCGUGACACUUCUGGUACCAGACUUCCUGUUUCAGAUCCACAACAAUCCUGCGGAGAUGGAUAAGACUUCCUAAGACACGACCACAUCCCCACGGAGAGCCUUCAGAGCAGGAAACUGUCCAAACCUACAUGAUGUUGUUGCUUUUGUGGAAUCUGCCGACGUUUUCACACCAACGGUAUUUAGCAAUGUCGUAGAGGAGAAGCUGCUCGGCGGCAAAGUAGCUCCAUCUUCUGAUAACUGUUGAGAUUAGGUGACAAUGUGAGCAUCGGCACCACACAUGCCUGCUCAGCCUGUUAAAUCACAAAUAAACAGUUGUGCACGUCUCAUUUUGACAGAAGGAGCAGAUGAGGGAAGUUUUCUUCAGGUUCUGUGAUGAAAUAAUAAAACGGUUUUUUGAGCAACAGCUGAGGAAAAAGUCCGUUUUGACUGAGAUGUGUUUUAAAUGCACUUUUUGUGAUUUUAUUUAAGAAAACCUAGUGUUUUUGAUUAAAUCAAACACUUAUAAUUGA